GGCCCUGAACGCCAUGAGCCUGGGUCCCCGCCGCGCCCGCUCCGCUCCGACCGCCGCCGCCGCCGAGGCCCCCGUUGAUGCCGCAGAGCUCCCCCAGCGCCGCCGCCACCGCCUCCGACAUGGACAAGAACAGCGGCUCCAACAGCUCCUCCGCCUCUUCGGGCAGCAGCAAAGGGCAACAGCCGCCCCGCUCCGCCUCGGCGGGGCCCGCCGGCGAGUCUAAACCCAAGAGCGAUGGAAAGAACUCGAGUGGAUCCAAGCGUUAUAAUCGCAAACGUGAACCUUCCUACCCCAAAAAUGAAAAUUUUAGCAACCAGCCCCGUCGCCCCAGUUCACAGAAAAGCAAAACUUUUAACAAGAUGCCUCCUGAAAGGGGUGGCGGCAGCAGCAAACUCUUUAGCUCUUCUUUUAAUGGUGGAAGACGAGAUGAGGUAGCAGAGGCUCAACGGGCAGAGUUUAGCCCUGCCCAGUUCUCUGGUCCUAAGAAGAUCAACCUGAACCACUUGUUGAAUUUCACUUUUGAGCCCCGUGGCCAAGCGGGUCACUUUGAAGGCAGUGGACAUGGAAGCUGGGGUAAAAGGAACAAGUGGGGACAUAAGCCUUUCAACAAGGAACUCUUUUUACAGGCCAACUGCCAGUUUGUGGUGUCUGAAGACCAAGACUACACAGCUCAUUUUGCUGAUCCUGAUACCUUAGUCAACUGGGACUUUGUGGAACAAGUGCGCAUCUGUAGCCAUGAAGUGCCAUCUUGCCCAAUAUGCCUCUACCCACCUACUGCAGCCAAGAUAACCCGUUGUGGACACAUCUUCUGCUGGGCAUGCAUCCUGCACUAUCUUUCUCUGAGUGAGAAGACAUGGAGUAAAUGUCCCAUCUGUUACAGUUCUGUGCAUAAGAAAGAUCUUAAGAGUGUUGUUGCCACAGAGUCUCGCCAGUAUGUUGUUGGUGACACCAUUACAAUGCAGCUAAUGAAGAGGGAGAAAGGGGUUUUGGUGGCCUUGCCCAAAUCCAAAUGGAUGAAUGUAGACCAUCCCAUUCAUCUAGGAGAUGAACAGCACAGCCAGUACUCCAAGUUGCUACUUGCCUCCAAGGAGCAGGUGCUGCAGCGGGUAGUUCUAGAAGAGAAAGUAGCACUGGAGCAGCAGCUGGCAGAAGAGAAGCACACUCCCGAGUCCUGCUUCAUUGAGGCAGCUAUCCAGGAGCUCAAGACUCGGGAAGAGGCUCUGUCAGGAUUGGCUGAAAGCAGAGAGGAGGUCACUGGUGUCGUGGCUGCUCUGGAACAACUGGUGCUGAUGGCUCCCUUGGCGAAGGAGUCUGUUUUUCAACCUAGGAAGGGUGUGCUAGAGUAUCUAUCUGCCUUUGAUGAAGAAACCACUGAAGUGUGUUCGCUGGACUGUCCGUCUCGUCUUGCUCUCCCUGUGGUAGAGGAAGAGGAAACAGUGUCUGAACCAGAGCCUGAAGGAUUGUCAGAGGCCUGUGAUCACUCGGAAUUAGCAGAUGACAAUCUUGGGGAGCGGACCAUUUGCAUUGAGUCCAGCCAGCAGGAACCCAUCAUCAAGCCAGGCAUCACACACCUCAGCAGCUCUCCUUGUUACUACUUUUACCAAGCGGAAGAUGGACAGCAUAUGUUCCUGCACCCUGUGAAUGUGCGCUGCCUCGUGCGGGAGUACGGCAGCCUGGAGCAGAGCCCAGAGAAGAUCUCAGCAACUGUGGUGGAGAUCGCUGGGUACUCCAUGUCUGAGGAUGUUCGGCAGCGUCAUAGAUAUCUCUCUCAUUUGCCACUCACCUGUGAGUUCAGCAUUUGUGAACUGGCUCUGCAGCCUCCUGUGGUCUCAAAGGAAACGCUAGAGAUGUUCUCAGAUGACAUCGAGAAGAGGAAGCGGCAGCGCCAGAAGAAAGCUCGUGAGGAGCGCCGCCGCGAACGCAGAAUUGAAAUGGAGGAGAACAAGAAACAGGGCAAGUACCCGGAAGUCUACAUUCCCCUGGAGAAUCUACAGCAGUUUCCUGCCUUCAAUUCCUAUGCCUGUUCCUCCGAUUCUGCUUCGGGUCCCACCAGCACAGAGGGCCAGGAGGCCCUCUCCCUUUCUCCUCUUAGCAGAAGUCCAGGUUCCCAUGCAGACUUUGUGCUGACCCCUCUGUCGCCCACUGCCAGUCAGGGCAGUCCCUCAUUCUGCGUUGGGAGUCUGGAAGAAGACUCUCCCUUCCCUUCCUUUGCCCAGAUGCUGAGGGUUGGAAAAGCAAAAGUGGAUGUCUGGCCCAAAACUGCUCCGAAAAAAGAUGAGAACAGCUUAGUUCCUCCUGCCCCUGUGGACAGCGAUGGGGAGAGUGAUAAUUCAGACCGUGUCCCUGUGCCCAGUUUCCAAAAUUCCUUCAGCCAAGCGAUUGAAGCAGCCUUCAUGAAACUGGACACACCGGCUACUUCAGAUCCGCUCUCUGAAGAGAAAGGAGGAAAGAAAAGAAAAAAGCAGAAACAGAAGCUCCUGUUCAGCACCUCAGUUGUCCACACCAAGUGACACUACUGGCCCUGGCUACCUUCUCCAUCUUUUUCUUUUUCCCAUGCUUUUGAUUUGCUGCUGUAAUUUUAAGUGUUUGAGUUUGAAAAGAUUAGCUUGGGGGGAGGGGGAUUCCACAACGUGAGGGGGAACCAAGAAAAUUUUAAAUCCAGUGUAUUUUCCAGCUUCCCGUCUUUACACCAAAAUAAAGUAUUGACACUCACAAGACA